AUGAGGAGGGCCUUGGCAGAUGGGAGAGCAGGAGACUGGGAGGGCUGCUUCUCACCACUCUUUCCCCACAGGACACUGACAGAACUUCUGAAGCAGCCAGGCCCCCAGGAGCCACUGCCUCCGCCUCUGGGCCCCCCUCUGGGGAGCUGUGUCCAGGUGCAGAUGGGUGACAGCCUUCCCCGGGGCUCCCCCCACAACAGCACAGACAAGAAACGCCCCAACAACGCGCCGCUGGGGUCGGCGACACCCGGACCCCCGCGCGGCCCCCGGCUGCAGGGCGGCGGCAGCAUGACGCUGCAGCCCGACUACGCCAAGUACGCCACCCUCAAGGCCGCCGCGCUCAAGGCCGCAGAGGCCUCCCCGCAGGACUUCUACCAGCGGUUCCCCGCGAUCGAGCCCGCCCCAGUGACCCUCCCGGCACCGGCCCCGCGGCCUCCUGAGGACUUGUCAGCGCUGCUCAACGCCUGCCCCUGGGCCCCGCCGGGCUACGCGCCCCCUGCCGGCCCCGCCCCGUCGGGCCACUACAAGGGCUGGACCGCUGGCCGCCCGGCCCGGCCCGGCCCCCGCGGCCGCCUGGCGGCUCAGGCCUGCCACGCGCCCCGGCACCAGUUCAGCGUGGAGAAGCUGCCCGAAGGCUUCAGCCCGCAGCCCCCCGGCCUUUACAGCAGCGCGGGCCGCGGACCCCGGCACCUGAGCACCAACAGCAAAGCGGAGGUCACCGUGUGAAGACGGGGCCGCUGGUUCUCCCGAGGCAUCGCAUCGCUGGGAGCCCUCGUCUGCCGGGAGUCGCCAUCGGGUCGGUCGAGGGGCCCAGGC